CUCCUCUAUUGAAGAAAAUUCCAAGGGUCCACCAUGAACGGUUUCUCGUGAUAACCGAAAAAAAUCCUCAUUAAGAUGAAGAUGAUUCCAGGUCACGGUUUCUUAUGGCAACAUUACAGCAUUUAGAAAAUACGUUCUAGAGAAUAUCGGGCAACCUACAUAAAAGACACUUCAAAUUCCUCGUGACCUCCGUUACAAACGACCCUUUCAUAAACAAUAUAACAAUCUGACAAACAGACAAACAGAAGGAUAAAUGCGGUUUCCAAAUUGGGUUUCUAUAUAGAUGUAAAUAAAUUCCAGUUUUCAGUAAUUCCACAACAAUUCUAUAUUUCAAGUGUGUCACUGGAACUUUGAUAGAGAGGAAGGAUGUCGUCAAUCACAAUGCCUGUGGCGCUUCCAACUGUUGAAGAGGACUGUGAGCAGCUAAGCAAGGCUUUUCAUGGAUUUGGAACUAAUGAGAAGGCAGUCAUAAACAUAUUGGCUCACAGAGGUGUUUAUAGGCGCAAGAUGAUAAAGGAAACAUAUGAGAAAAUGUACAAUGAGGAUCUUCUAAAGCGGCUAGAAUCAGAGCUUACAAGAAAAUUUGAGAGAGCUAUGCUUCUGUGGAUGUUGGAACCUGCUGAGCGUGAUGCUGUUUUAGCACAUGAAGCCAUUAAAAAGUGGAGUUCAAAAGACUCUGUUCUAGUAGAAAUUUGUUGCUCUCGAUCUCCAAGUGAACUGCUGCUGGUGAGAAAAGCAUAUCAUCUCAAGUAUAAAAAAUCUCUGGAAGAGGACAUUGCUUCACAUACAAGUGGAGAUUUCCAGAAGCUGCUUUUUGCUCUUGCUAGUUCCUUCCGAUACGAAGGUCCUGAGGUGGAUAUGCAUCUUGCUAAGUCUGAAGCCAAAAUUCUUCAUGAGGCAAUAAAGGACAAAGCUAGGACAGAUGAUAUUGUCAGGAUAAUCAGCACAAGGAGCAAAGCCCAAUUGAAUGCCGCAUUCAAUCAGUUAAGAGAUGAUUUUGGCUAUAGCAUUAACCAGCUUUUGAAGAAACAUAAGUCAGAAGAUUUUCAGGAUGCAGUUCAAACAGCAGUAAAAUGUAUCCGCUGCCCCACUAAGUACUUUGCAAAGAUUUUAAGGUCAUCCAUGGAGAGAAUGGGAACAGAUGAUGAGGCCCUCACCAGAACUGUUGUGACAAGAGCUGAUGUUGACAUGAAGGAUAUCAAAGCUCAAUUCAUGACAAGAACCAGUUUGUCUCUCAAGACUGUAAUAGCGAAGGACACAAGGGGAGACUACGAAGAUUUCUUGCUUGCAUUGGUUGGUGAAUAAUAUGUUUUCAACUCUAUUAUUAUCUGCCAUGAAAAGAGUACAGGCCAACCAAACUGUUAUUUAAUUAGAUACCAAGCGUAUUACAUAAUGUUUUAGAAUAAAUUUAUAUGGAUUUCUUAUUGUGUAUUCUGUUAAAUUCGGUGGACAGAGAUCUAAGUUAUUAUGUUUUAUACAUAUGAUUUAUUUAUG